AUGGCCGCAAGGCAACCAAUGCUUUCGUUUGCGAAAGUCGUGAAAGGAGGAGAACUGGAUAUUAUGGAACAAUCGAAUGACUCUGCCAGAAAUUCACAGCAGACUGAACCCCAAGGACAGGCAACACAUGUGCAGCAAGAAGGAAAAUUGUCGGAUGAAGUGGUCGUCACUGAUAGGCGCCGAGACAGAAAAGGACGAAACGAACGUGGCGCUGACCGCGGCAAUAAACACGAAAAACCGCGCGAAAGAAGACGACCACCAAGACCUCGUGACUUCAACAAUGAUGGUGACAAUCAAAAUCGACGGCACAAAAGGAAUCAUCCGGAACAGCCAGAAGAAAAAGAGAAACCAGCUGAGGUCCCAGUUGAGCCUCAGACGAUUCCGGUUGUACUCAAGCCAGCACCUCCACCAGCUUUCAAUGCAUGGUUCAGGAAAUCUAUUGAUACGACUGAGCCUGUACAAGCCGUUAAGGUUAAUGGUGGAAACGUCGAGAAGGAAAACAAGGAAGUUGUUCAAGUGACAAAGCCACCAUCUCCCCAGAAAACUACAACUGAGCCAAGUAUGGACUGGCCAACAUUGAAUGCUGCUGUUGUUGAAGAAAACGCAACGGUCAAUGGAGUUGCUCAUCACAGCCCAAGUGAUUCACCAAAACAUAAGGGAGAAAGCGAUGAGGGAAAUCAGGGCAAGGGCAAACCAGGCAAAGGAAAUUGGAAGAAAAUUGAUAUUAAUGUUGAUUAUGGAAACAAUGCCAAUCGCCGAAUCAAUCAGGGUCAAGUAACACGUUCUGAUAAACAAGAAGGUGGUCGUCGUUCCAGCAAGAAAGAAGAAAAUCGCAUAAACGGAAACGAUCAAACGGCUCAUCCGUUGUCGAAUAGCCCUGAAGCUGAAGCAAAUGAUUCAUAUUGUGUUGAAGUUCGUGCGUCGAAUGGUGUUUACUAUCAGUCCGGCGUAGCUCACGGUUGGAAAAAAGCCGUCAAAGAAGAAGACAUUACACCGGAAAUGGCUGGAAAAGAUAAAGAGUCAACGGACAAGAAGUCUGCUGGGUCAAAAGCACCUUUGCCUGGUCCACGUGAUGAAAAUUCUCAAGCCGGAACUCGUGGAAAUGCCAAUAAUAAGCAAGGCAUCAAUCAAGGGAAUUCUAAAAUUCGUCAACCUUCCGUAAAUGACUAUUGGCAUAAGCAAGGAGGAAAAGAAGGCGGAAAUGGGUCGAAAGCUCCGGCGGCGGCAAACAAUUCUACAGCACCAGCUGCCCGUCCUGCGCAGUCGCAAAAUCAGCAACCACAAGCCUACUAUCAACGUAAUGACCGUUUUCAAGCACGGCCAAAUGUGAAUGCGCCUCCAAAGCUUACUGCCGAGCAGCGAAGGGCUCGUGGACCUCUUCCUGAUUGGGAUGAAAUCCAAGAAUUUGAGCCGGAUUUCGACUACAUGAAUCUCAUGGAUACACAAUACGCUCAAUAUUAUGCACUCUCGGUUCCGCAAUACGAUCCUGGGGUCGGCGCAAUGGAUCCUGCUGUUGCCACUAUGAUGAUUCAACAGGCACAACAACACAUGGCAGCUUUUGGUUUUCGUCCUCCUUUGCCAAUGAUGCUUCCACAAAUAUUGCCAGCGCCACCACAAUUGGCAGCGACCCAUGAUGCUUCUCGUCCAGCUUCUGUAGCGUCUUCUUCAACCCCUGCUCAGCUGAUUUCUCCUGGAGGUGGAGGACCAACAUCUGGACAUGACAUGCCACUAAACACAGCCAUUCCAUUUGCUCCAAUGUUUCCGUCUCACACUUCAUUUCAACCAAUGUCAGAGCAGAGUUUAAAGGAGUGUGUUCGCAAGCAAAUUGAGUACUACUUUUCACCAGACAAUCUUCAAAAGGAUUUCUUCCUACGAAGAAAAAUGAAUCCAAAUGGAUUUUUGCCAAUCUCGCUAAUCGCCUCUUUUCCCAGAGUCCGAAGUUUGACUGAGGACAUUGCAAUCAUUGUAGAAGGUCUUCGCUCUAGCGAUAAGGUUGAACUGAACGACAGUGGUGAUCUUGUACGACCUAGCGACCGUCCAAAAUAUUGGCCAUUGGCUCCUACAGUACAUGCUGCCGAGUCACCGGUGUCGAUCAAGAAAAGCGAUAUGGAUGUCGAGACCAAGCGGCUCUCUGACGCUCCAUCUACCAGCCAACACCAAAACGACGAUUCAACUAACCCUGAGAAGUCACAGCAAGGCCAUUUAAGCAAGACAGCCGAAAAGCCUCAAACUUCCGUAAAGCCUGAUGAGACUGAGCCGGAGAUCGAGGAUUGGCAGGAAGUGAAAACAAAGAAGAAGAAAGGGGGAAAGGGACAAGAUGGAAAGGAGUAUUCACGCUCACAAUCAAAUCCGAUGGAGGGCGCCUAUAGCGAGCAAGAAAAUUCAUAUGAAGUUGAAAACAAUGAGCUUACCAAAGCUGAUGGAUACAUGCAUUCCAAUGCAACCCUUUCUGUAACGCCAAAGCGAAACGAUGUAAAGAAGACUGGACACAGGCCACACGGGUUUGCAAAAGAAUCGACUCGACAAAUGGAGAAAAAGGGGGGC